AUGUCUUCUCUCAGAUACAUGCCGAUGGAUAUUAUCCAGGAAAUCGUGGAAAAACUGCUGCCAGUUGAUAGAUUGGUAGUUCGAAAAGUGACUCGAAACUUCCGUAUUGCUAUUGAUCAUCAUGGGAUUUGUCUUGAAGAACUGGUAGUUAAUAUGGAUAAGCUGCAAGUUUUGGAGCUGCGUGUAGAUGGAACAUAUUUCAAGUACAUCGAUGUAACUGGUGGUUGCUAUGUGAAAAUUUAUAGUAAGACAUGGGUUCGUCAGAAGAGAAUCCCAGGAGGAGAUCAUGUAAAAAUAAUGUUGGAUGAUAUGGCUGAAUUUUUACAGUACCCAUUGAAACUUUUCAAAUGUUAUCUGAAUCAUAUCUUCGAAGAUUUCAUGGAUAGACUGAAGAAAGCCGGUAGUAUACACACACAAAGUACCUCCCUUCUUUCUCUGUACCCGGAUAAAAUAAUUAAAGUUGUAUCGUAUCUUAAGCCGGGAGUACUUGAAGACAUCGCAUUUGGUGUUGAGAAGCGCACGGAACAAGUGAAAGAGCUGUACAGUAUGGAGCAAUGGAAGCAAGCGAAAAAGAAAAGGAGGUACUAUAUGCUAUAAGAUCAUUUCAAAAGGUUCCAUUUUGAAGCCGAGUGUCAAAGAUGCUAUUCAAAUUUGAGAUAAUCUUCUCAUUAACUCCAGCAAUGUUCCAUAUCAUAUCCUUUUCGAGCCAGAAAAAAUAUUUUUGGAUUAUUUAAGC